GGGAGAGAGACAUUGGCUCAGUGUGUGAGUGAAAGAGAGAGAGUAAGGGAGGGAGAGAGACAUUGGCUCAGUGUGUGAGUGAGAGAGUGAGGGAGAGAGACAUUGACUCAGUGUGUGAGUGAGAGAGGGAGGGAGAGAGACAUUGACUCAGUGUGUGAGUGAGAGUGAGGGAGAGAUACAUUGGCUCAGUAGGGGAUGGGAUCCAGACGCAGCAGCAGUGCCAAGGACAUGCAGCCCGCCUGCCUCGCUUAGUGCCACGGCCCACCGCUGAGCCUCUCUCUCGGGGAAUAUGAUUCCAGUCACAGAAUUCCGACAGUUCACGGAACAGCAGCCGGCGUUCCGAGUCCUGAAGCCAUGGUGGGACGUCUUCGCAGAAUACCUUUCUGUGGUGAUGCUUAUGAUUGGCGUGUUUGGAUGUACGCUGCAGGUAAUGCAGGACAAAAUCAUAUGUCUUCCUCUACGGACACCCUUAAACCAAACAGUGCCUUUGCAAAACCACACCGAGCUGACGAGUUCUUCUUCCUCACCAGUGCCUGUGUUCCACGAGAUGAAGGGCCUCAAAACCAACCUGGAUCUACAACAAUACAGUUUUGUAAACCAAAUGUGCUACGAAAAAGCUCUGCACUGGUACGCCAAGUACUUCCCCUACCUGGUGCUCAUACACACCGUGGUAUUCAUGGUGUGCAGCAACUUUUGGUUCAAGUUUCCUGGCUCAAGCUCCAAAAUUGAACAUUUUAUUUCUAUCCUGGGUAAAUGUUUCGAUUCUCCAUGGACUACCAGAGCUCUGUCUGAGGUAUCAGGAGAGAACCCAGAGGAGAAAGACCACAAAAAGCAUAGCAGCGUCAGUGCCAGUAGAUUAAACCUCGAUGUCACCAAUGGUGAAGGUAACCUGGAGAAGACGCCGUCGCUGAGGUCUAUCCCUGAAAAGAUUGUUGUGGACAAACAGACAGCCAGUGCGCUGGACAAGAAGGAAGGCGAGCAGGCCAAAGCACUGUUCGAGAAGGUCAAGAAGUUCCGGCUUCAUGUGGAGGAGGGGGAUCUGUUGUAUCUUAUGUACGUUCGCCAGACUGUCCUCAAAGUUUUCAAGUUUAUUCUCAUCGUUGUGUACAAUAGCAUCCUGGUAUCUAAGGUUAAAAUUAAUGUCAAAUGCAAAGUAGAGAACAUCGAGAACAUGAUCGGCUACAGUAACUUUUCUUGCAACCAUACCAUGGCCCACCUCUUCUCCAAACUCUGCUACUGUUACUUAUGUUUUGUGAUAGUCUACGGAUUGACGUGCCUCUAUACGUCUUAUUGGCUCUUCUACCGUUCCCUCAAAGAGUACUCCUUUGAAUACGUGAGGCAAGAAACUGGAAUCGAUGACAUCCCGGAUGUGAAAAACGACUUUGCCUUCAUGUUGCACAUGAUUGACCAGUACGAUCCAUUGUAUUCCAAAAGGUUUGCAGUUUUUCUCUCAGAAGUAAGCGAAAACAAGCUCAAACAGCUGAACUUGAACCACGAGUGGACCGUGGACAAGCUUCGCCAGAGGUUGGUCAUCAAUGCCAACGACCGCAUGGAGCUCCAGCUCUUCAUGCUCUCAGGGCUUCCGGACACUGUUUUCGAGGUGACGGAGCUACAGUCCUUGAAGCUGGAGAUCAUCAACAACAUCACCAUCCCUGCUGCAGUUUCCCAGCUGGAGGACCUUCAGGAGCUUACCCUGUACCAAUGCUCCCUCAAAAUCCAUCCAACAGCCCUUGCUUUCUUGAAGGAGAACCUUAAGGUAUUGCGUGUCAAGUUUGAUGAUGGCCGUGAGCUUCCUCUCUGGCUAUACAGUCUCCGAUCCCUGGAAGAACUCCACCUUACUGGCUCUCUCAGUCCAGAUGCAUCAAAGAACAUAACCCUGGACUCUUUGCGAGAGCUCAAGGCCCUCAAGACCUUGACGCUCAAAAGCAACCUGACCAAGAUCCCCCAGUCAAUGGCUGAUGUCUCUAGCCACCUGCAGCGCCUGUACGUGCACAAUGAUGGCACCAAACUGGUCAUGCUCAACAACCUCAAGAAAAUGGUGCAUCUUACGGAACUGGAGCUGGUGCAUUGCGAUCUGGAGCGCAUCCCACAUGCCAUCUUCAGUCUAAUCCACCUGCAGGAGCUGGAUCUUAAGGAGAACAACCUCCGCUCCAUCGAGGAGAUUAUUAGUUUCCAGCACCUCCGGAAGCUCACGUGCCUCAAGCUUUGGCACAAUGGGAUCACUCAAAUCCCAGAUCACAUCAAGAAGCUGGGAAGUCUGGAGCGCCUUUACUUUAGCCACAACAAGAUCGAGAUCUUGCCCUCACACCUGUUCCUCUGCAACAAAUUGAGGUAUCUGGACGUGUCCUUCAACGACAUCCGCUUCAUCCCUCCAGAGGUUGGAGUUCUGCAGAGCCUGCAGUACUUCUCAGUCUCAUGCAACAAACUGGAGAACCUUCCGGACGAACUGUUCUUCUGCAAGAAGCUGAAAACCCUCAAGCUCGGGAGGAACACGCUGUCAGUGCUCUCGCCAAAGAUUUCCUUUCUGGUUUCUCUGACUCAUUUGGAGUUAAAGGGCAAUCAUUUCGAGGCUUUGCCGGCCGAGCUGGGCUCUUGCCGCUUGUUGAAGCGCAAUGGCCUUGUGGUGGAGGAUGCUCUCUUUGACACUUUGCCUUCAGACGUCAGGGAUCAGAUGAAAGCUGAGUGAUGCCGCUCAGAGGGUAAAGAGCCUCACGUGUAUAAAAAAAAGGCAGCAUUAUUAUUAAUGCAUUUUAAUUGAACUCCAGUGUUCCACCCUACUCUCAAUAUUGUGACGUUUACGGGUGAGUAUCUGCGUUUAAAUGCUUAGAUCUUUGACUGAAGGGAAAUGUGUAUCUUAACGAUAGGGAAAAAAGGACUACUUAGAGUAGGAAUUUUGGUAUUAUGUGUAAAGGAAAGCAUUGUAAAGCCAUGUAUUGGAAAUCUUAAAAGAAUGAAGAUUUUAAAAGCCUUCAUGCAUCUUAGGCCCUGUCCACAUGUAUCUGCAUAUUUUUAAGACGUAGGUAUUUGUCUCCCGUCCAGAUAAAAAACGUCAUUUUUGGCGUUACAAAAACAAAUACCUCAAAUACUUCAUUUGUGGUCAACUGAAUGUCACACAGUGUCUACUCACAGAUCUCGCUAGAUUUCAGAUUUCCACAUAGUAAUACAUUUAAAUACUUUUCUAUUACACAUAAAAAAUGGUUUGCUUAUAUACAGAAUCCAUAAUUUCCUGACCUGCUUAGUACACUAACUGGGUGGCAGUGUUUAGGGAGUAAUUUGAGAUUAAACGUCUAUUGUUUCGUCUAUGGCCAUGGGGUGUUCAAUGCCCCCUACAAGGCUAGCAUGGCCAUGCAAGCGCUUCUUCUGCGUUUGCAUGAAAAUGCAUUAAAACAAUAAAUGGAGGAAAAUGUUAGUUUUUAAAAAAUAUACAGUUAUGUGUGGACGUAGGCAUAGAAAGCCUUUUCCUUUUUAUGCAGUAUAAGCAACUUAUGUUUUGUAGGAUUCUUCAACUUUCUAAAGAAUAGAGAUCUAGAGAUUAGUUACAGUAAUAUUAUGGUCAACCAGGGCGAUCAUGGUUGCAUCGCAUGCAUUUCAUAUUUGAUUAUGGUGCCUUUAUUUUUCUCUAAUUUUUUUUUUUUUUUUUUUUUUUUGAGAAGGAUUUACAGGUGAAGUACAGGUUAAACAUUAGUUUGCCAAACUACAGUAUUCUGCCCUUGCAGAGCAGUACAUAUAACAGGUCUUAGAAUUGUCUAAGGUUGUUGGCCGGUGGUAUAGAAUGUUAUGGAAGGAAGAAGGGCCUUUUCUGUGCCGUGGCUCCAAACUCACCAUGUCUCUCAUUUUUAUUUAAUGCCUUUAGGAAAUUCCUUUAGUUGUUUAAGAGUUGUUGUUUAACAACUAGCGUGAUCCAAUUCUGAUUAUUUUCAUCAUGUAUGACACAGUUUUGUAAUCUGAGUGGCAGUGUAAAAGGCAAAAACACACUGAAUCUGCUAUUUUAAUUUCAGUGUAGCCCACUUUAAAUAUGUUCACACAGCAGCUAAAAGUGGCCACGUCUGAUUUUCUGAUCAAAUCCAAUAUACACCAUAUUUUUGGAUAUAUGGGAUCUUAUAUAUUUGGCAUAAGUCUGUGAUGCUGGAGAAAACAGACCCGGAACUUCAUGUGACGUGCUGCUCUUUAUGGCACGAGUGUCUAUUUAAGAGUGGAGCUAUCAAGGAGUUUUAGUGUCUGCAGCUGA